AUGACUUCACCCCUCACCGUCAUGAUUUUACUCCCAGUUCUCAUCACCCAAAUUCACUUUUUCCAAACUGUUGCUUUGCUGGACAUAAACUUAAUUGAAAAUUAUUUUACCGAGAAAUCUAUUAAAUCUGCGACAGUUUUUGGUUGUUUUCCCAAAAAUGAACAAGUAAAUUUGGUAAAAAUUUUAUCAAAGGGAUCAUCCCCAAUAUCCGUUUUAAAUCUCAAUAAUCAAACUGAAGUUCACAAAAGCAUAAAUACAAACCAUCAACAAAUCGGAGUAGUUUUAGACGGCGAUUGUCCCGAAAGUGAAAGUUUUUUAAUUACUUGCGGUCAACUCAAACUUUUCGACGUUAAACACCACUGGUUGAUAAUAUCAAAAUCAGUCCAUAUUUUGGAUAAAAUCAAAAACGCGAUUAUAAAUAUCAACGCUGAUAUUCAUGUCGCUGUUCAAAGUGGUUCAAAUUGGACGAUAUUUGAUGUUUAUAAUCCUGCCUCAAAACAUGGAGGCACUUUAAAGUACCCCCAAAUGGGUUUUUAUAGCCAUGGGCGAGGCUACAAUGCAAGAACUAACGAAGCGAAGUACUGGAGACGCAAAAAUAUGACCGGAGUUACUUUCAAAACAAUGGUUGUGUUGUUAGUCCCUUUUAAGGGGUCUUUGGAAGAUUAUCUUUACAAUGACGAUAAUAGAAAUAUUAACACUUUUAAUCGAAUGAUUGUGGAACUGGGCACUUCGUGGGGUUAUCCCUUGCCUAAUGGCUCCUUCGACGGCAUGGUUGGUGCCUUGGGAAAAAAAUUAAUAGAUUUUGGAAGUUCGCCAAUUUUCAUUCGAGAAGAUCGAGCAAGAUUUAUAGACUACGGCCGAAAUACGUGGAGUUGGAAGUUGAGCAGGAUUUCUAUUCCGAAGCCCAAAAUCGAGGACUUCAAUCGAGAUUUUUCUGAAACCUCUCUCAACCUCAAUUUGGUUGAUCACAGGGGUUCUGGCAAUCGUUUCUAUUAUAAUUUUGAAAAUGGAUCACCAACGGUACCAAAAAUGGCCUGUGGGCGCAUCACUGCCAUUUCAAUUUUCCUACUUUCGGUGAUAAUUUAUCAGUUUUAUUCGGCAAGUAUCGUUUCCCACUUGUUAAUGAAACCAACAAGCAAGAUUAAAAACUUGAAAGACCUCACUGAGUCAACUUUGAAACACACUACUGAUAAGGUCCUUAAAGAGUUGUAUUUCAAAAAGAUCUACGGAAAAGGUAACAUGUCUCACUUUUUCCCGCCGGAAAAAGGUGUUGAUUUAGUGAGACAAGGAGGAUAUGCUUUUCAUAUCGAGGUCGCUAGAGCUUAUCCUAUUAUUGAAACAACUUUUCCCGAUUACGCCAUAUCACGCACUUGUCCCACUUCGGUUUUUGAUAUUAAUCGACAAAACAUUCAGGAAAGAAUGAAAAGCAGACACUUUCACACCGGAAUUAUACUAUACGGAGACUGUGCUUCAACUGAAAAAUUUAUAACCAAUUGUGGUCAGUCAUACCUCUUCGAUGUGAAACAUCAUUGGCUCAUAAUAGCAUCGUCUAAAAACAUUAGAGCAAAAUUCGACAAUGUUAUACUAAAUAUAAAUGCCGACAUUAAGGUUGUAAUUCCGGAAAAAACAUCAAACUGGAGUGUCAUUGAUGUUUAUAAUCCAGCCUCUAAACACGGUGGCGCGUUAAAUUUUACCAAAAUUGGUAUUUACAACAAACAUGAUGGAUACAAGAUAAAGUACACUGGAGUAAAGUAUUGGAAUAGGAAAAACCUCACUGGAGUCACUUUUAAAUCAAUGGUUGUGUUGCCGGUACCAUUUAAAGGCACUUUACAGAAUUACUUGGACAGUGAUGAUAACAGAGAUGUUAACACUUUUAACAGAUUUCAUAGCAGACUGAUAAGUUUUUGUAAAGAUUAUUAUAAUUUUUCACUUGAUAUUGAAGUGUCAAGAUCCUGGGGCUACACAAAGGGUGAUGGGACUUUUGACGGAAUGGUUGGGGCAUUGGAAAAUAAAAUUAUAGAUUUCGGAAGUUCUCCUCUGUUUCUUAGAGAAGAUCGUGCCAGAGUUAUAGAUUAUGGAAGAAACACGUGGAUUUUAAGAGCUGCUUUUAUUUUCCGAAAUCCAAAAGCUCGAACAAAUCUUGAGAUUUUUUUGCGCCCUUUGCCAAGUUCUGUUUGGCUAAUUACAGGCUUGUUGGCAAUUGUUUCAAUAAUUAUCUUAAAACUGGCAACGUCCUUUGAAAGGAGGAGAUAUGUUCAUGCCGUUGAGACGUCUUGGAGUGUUUCCGUGAUUUUUACUUUGGGGGCAUUUUGCCAGCAAGGUUCGCCAUCAACACCCAAAAUGGCAUGCGGACGAAUUGCUGUGUUUUUCAUUUUUUUACUCUCAGUCCUGAUUUAUCAGUUUUAUUCAGCUAGUUUGGUGUCUCAUUUACUGAAUAAGCCGCUUACGAAAAUUAAAACUCUUAGAGACCUGCUUGAGUCGCCUCUCAAGGCUGGAUGCGAAGAUAUACUCUACGAUAGGGAUUACUUUAUGCAUACCAAUGAUGAAGUCGCCCGCGAAUUGUACACCAAAAAAAUUCUAGGCAAAUCAAAUUCAUCCAACUUUCACACCCCGGAAGAAGGUUUAAGACUGGUAGAAGAAGGCGGUUAUGCUUUCCAUGUUGAAACAGCAACGGCCUACCCUAUAAUUGAAUCAACUUUUCAAGACCAAGCAGUUUGUGAACUUCGAGAAGUUCAGCUCUUUAGGACCCAACCAAUGCACGCAAACUUUCAAAAAAAGUCGCCGUUUCGGGAUAUGUUUGACACUUGUUUUCAGCGAUUGGCCGAACAUGGGCUUUUGGUGAGGGAACGAGAACAUUGGCAUCCUCGUAAACCGGAAUGCAUUCAGUCGUCUAAAUCUAUACAAUUUAAUAUGGGAUUGGAUGAUUUUUAUCCGGCUUUGGUGAUACUUUUAGUUGGAAUUGCAACUAGUUUGGUAAUUUUAAUUAUUGAGAAGGAAUUUACAAUCCUGAAAGAAAAACCGGCGCAUCCACCAAUUAUGGUGCUCGAAGCAAAAAAUACUCCAUACCCUUAUGUUGACUAAAGAGAA